AUGAUUGAUUUCGAGGUAUUCGAUUACACACCCGCAAUAGCGGACGGCCGCAAAUUGGGGGAGACAGGGUGAAGGAUUCUCAGUCUUUAUUGCAGCCGAUUCAUGGCAAAAUAUUUGCAGGCUGUGCACUGGCAGAUUGUCGAACCGUAUCCUUCUCAGGGAAAACGCAUAUGCGGCACCAUACAGAGAGCAAAUCGAGUGCCCUCGAGGGCAAGCCAAUUAUGAAUUGCCUGUGGAUAAAAAGAAGGUCAGGCGUUGCGCGUCAGUGGCCAGCAAAGAAGAUGCUUUAACCACUUUGUACAGGAGGGAGGAUAUGCAAAACACGAGUGACCAAAGUCGUGGUCAAAUUUGGGCCCGGGUGGCAAAAUUAGGAAAUCAGUAUGGUACAGAUAAAGGUCUAAGACGUCAAGAAAAGAGGUGUUGA